UUGUGGUUGGUGGUCAUCCAAAUUCACCAUUGGAUCAUAAAAUCUGCAAACACAAAUCAAUGCAUCAGUCAAAGGCCUAAUUUACCCAUUUCAUAAAAAUCUGAAACAAAUUUUCAACUUCAAAACACUUCUGUUCUCGACCAUCUAUCUCAUUAUUCACGAUCUCACCAGACAGCAUAUUGCUUCAAGGUUUACACAUGCAUUUUGGCGGGUGCAUAUGGACUUCUUCGGUUCUUCGCCGGGAAAUGACGUCAAAAGAUUUAUCAAACGAAAGGAUAGUGAUGCAGGCGAAGCAGGCCGUGCAUUGGAAGAACUCAGAAGUUCCCUCUACAACGAGUUUCGGACUUCAGAGGGCGCCAAACGUCAACAGGAACGAUACUGUGGACCUAGUGCAGCAAUGACCUUCAACUUUACGGUUGCUGUGUCGAUAAUUCUGGGGAACAAAUUAGUUAUGGGCAGAGUUGGAUUUAACUACCCAAUAUUCCUUACUUUGAUUCACUACUCUACUGCCUGGAUUUUACUAGCCAUUUUCAAGGCACUUUCCUUGCUUCCGGUUUCUCCUCCUUCUCGAUCUACUCCAUUCUCUUCACUUUUCUCUUUGGGUGCAGUCAUGGCUUUUGCUUCUGGCCUUGCCAAUAUUAGCCUAAAGCAUAACAGUGUUGGAUUUUAUCAGAUGGCUAAAAUUGCCGUCACUCCAACUAUUGUGAUAGCGGAGUUCAUUCUUUUCAGAAAAGCAAUAUCUUUUAAGAAGGUUCUCGCUCUAGUUCUUGUCUCAGUAGGUGUAGCAGUUGCAACUGUAACGGACGUGGAAUUCAAUUUGUUUGGCGCUGUUGUUGCAAUAGCUUGGAUUGUUCCAAGUGCUAUAAAUAAGAUCCUCUGGUCUAACCUCCAGCAGCAAGGCAACUGGACUGCUCUAGCGUUAAUGUGGAAGACCACCCCGGUCACAGUGCUCUUCUUACUAACUCUUAUGCCAUGGUUGGAUCCGCCUGGAGUUUUGUCCUUCAAAUGGAAUGUCCAUAACGCGACUGCCAUUCUUAUAUCGGCUUUGCUUGGCUUUCUCCUGCAACUUUCUGGAGCUUUGGCACUUGGUGCGACUUCUGCAACCUCACAUGUCGUUUUAGGGCAAUUCAAAACUUGUGUCAUUCUUUUAGCAGGGUACGUAGUAUUCGGUUCGGAUCCAGGGCCACUUAGUCUUUGUGGUGCCGUAGCUGCUCUUGCUGGAAUGUCAGUCUACACCUUGCUUAAUCUAAGGGAAUCACAUGAGAAAGAGGGUAGUUUACUUCAAAAGCAAAAUCUUCCUUCUCAAAAACCCAAAACAGUUGAGGAAGACAUGAAUGAGGCAAAUGCAGGCACUACCUCCGGCUCCAAUUCUGUCUGAACGAGAAUUAUCUAAACAGAAUAGCUUUUGGUUCUGCCCUCGAAAGAGAUUCAGUGAAACUACCGUAUGAUAUCCAGUUCAUUUUGCUGAGGCAAUGUUACCAUCCACAGUCCAUGCAACUUUUUUUUUUUUUUCCUAAGCAGUCCAUGCAACUUAAAAGAGUGCGAUUGCUAUGAGCUAAAAAACUGGACAAUGUAGCCAUGUACAGAGAGGUAAUCAAAGUUUUACGCAGAUGAAGACA